AUGCUAGAUUCUCACCUUACAGACACUUUGCAUUUGCUCAAAAAAUAACCAUAACACCGAGACAAAGUAGAAUUAGAUCUUUUAGUCUAAUUGACCUAAGAACUACCAUUCUUUAAGUAAUAUUAGAAGCAAGAAGAUGGAGUAAUUAUUCAUCGUGAGUGUUGCAAGCAUAUGAUUAUCGAAAAAUUUCAAGUAAAUGAAGUUGUCUUUCAUGUAGGUAUCAAACCUUAUCUUAUAUAGAUACAAUCGGAACAAAAUUUUAUGUGAUUUUAGAAGGAUAGGUGGAAGUGCUAAUAAGAAGGAGAGGCUUUGAUGAGUUAGAAUAGGUAAGAAUUCUAAGAAAGGGAGAAUCCUUUGGUGAAUUGGCACUUAUUCAUAGGCAACCUAGGUUAGCUACUAUCAGAUGUGUCACCGAUUGUAUUUUUGCUAUUUUGGAUAAAUAAUAAUUUUAAUAGAUAUUACAUUAUGAAUAAAAAAAAAAGAUAGAACAAGUAUUUAUUACUAUAUAUUAGAAUAUUGAUUUCUUUGCAUAAAUUUCUAUUUUUAAUUAACUGAAUCGGACAUAAUUAACAUCAAUAUAUUUAAAUUCUUUUUUAUAUGAAUAUGAGAAGAAUCAAUUAGUAGUUUAAGAAGGAGAAAAAUCCGAUAGUUUUCUUAUAGUUAAAUAAGGACUAUUUUAAGUUAAAAAAUAAAUCAACAAAUCUUAACCCCUAAUUGUAAAUAAUGUCUUUGAUUGUAGCUAUUUGAGAUUGGGGAGAUGUAAAUUUUUGGAUUUUACCAUCUACAUAAUAAAAUCCCUUAUGAGUAUUCCAUAGUUUGUUCAUCUUCCAAAGGCUUGAUAUAUAAAAUAUAAAGAAAUUCAUUAAUUGAAAAAAUUUUUGAAUCAUAUUCAUAAGAUCUAGACAAGCAUAAAAACGAAAUUAAUUUUUAUGCAAAUUUUAAAGUUAGUUAAGAAUAAUCAACACAUAUUAAAUAUCCAAGAUUUUUCUAAAAUAAAACGGAGGUAGAAGAAGAAUAUGAUCUUUAAUUAGAUUAGAAUUUAGCAAAAUUAAAAAAAAGUUAGAAAUUAAAAGUUUUCGAUCAUAAAACAAGAAAUUAAAUAAUACAAUAGAAAAUGGAUAAUUUGAUUGAAAUAUCAAGAAGGAAAAAAAAAGAUUAAUAAAAAACUCCUUAGAUAAAUGGUUUAUUCUAAAUUUUUCUUAAAUCUCAUAGAGGAAUAUAGGAUUCAACUUUAAAUUAAAGAUAAUAAAGUCCUUCUGUUUUAGAAUGCUAAAAUAGAUAGUUUGGAAGCAACAGUCAUUUCGUUUAUUCAGAUGAAGCAUAAAUCAAUUCAUUCAUCACUUACAGAUGUUGUAGUCCUCCUAUUAAAAAUAAUUGUGUUAGACAUAAUAUUUUAAAGACACCAAGUAGUUAAAGAGAAACUAUUAAAUAACCAAAGCAAAACACUUAUAAAUUAAGGAUUUAGUAACAUAAUUACUUAUAAAAUUCUUUUAUUUAUUAAACUUAAAUCAAAUUGAGUCCCAAAAUAACAAAGUUAAACAUUUGCUCAAAUUGA